CAGAGUGCACGCAUUUAUUUACACAUUUGGACCGCAAUCUAAGAGAUAAAACCGCAAGAAGAAUAGUCCACCUCGUUGUACAGAAUAAUGCGUUGAGACUCUAAAAUCAAGCGGAGAAUUGUUUAAACUUGUGAGAGUGUAAAAAGCCUUUUGCAUGGCUUAGAAAGUCGACUCAGUGUCUCUCAUGUUCAACCCCUCAUCAGUUCUCCUCCCUUUGAACCUAAGAAAGAGUUGUUCCAAAUCUCAGAAUUAGUAAUUUUACUCUUCGUUCCUCCCAAAACAAGUUUAACAAAAAAAAACAAAAAAUGUCAAACGAAGAGUCUGACAGCAGUGACAUCGAGCAGCCGAUGGAGCCUGAUUUCCCUGAAGCGAGCGAGCAUUCAGAGGGCCAGAUGAACGAAUUGCCUGACAAGUCGAGGGAGCAGUAUCAAAACACUUACAGAAAGUUCAUCGACUGGAAAGAUAUGAACCACAAGGACUCACUGGGCGAGGAUGUAAUGUUGGAGUAUUUCAGGGAACUCGCCGACAAAGUCAAACCCCCCACCCUCUGGACCCAAUUCUCCAUGCUCAAACACACCAUAAGCCUCUACGACAGAGUUGACAUUACUAAUUUCAAGAAACUGAGGAAUUUUCUGAAGAAAAAAUCCGUUGGAUACCAGAGUAAAACGACUAAAGUUUUCACGUCCAAGGAGAUUGAGAAAUUCCUGAAUGAUGCCCCGGACAAUCAGUAUUUACCAGAAAAGGUGACUUUGAUAUUUGGAAUAAUUGGAGCUUGCAAGAACCAAGAGCUCGUCAAUCUAACUGUUGACGAUAUCGAGGACGAUGGGACUAUGGCACUCGUCAAGAUCCCCAAGAACGAGAACAAUGCUGCACGUUCAUUCACAGUCUGUGGUGAAUUCUACAAGAUGUACAAGAAGUACGCAGUUCUGCGACCCAAGAAGGUUGACUACAAGAGAUUCUUCUUGAACUAUCGAUAUGGAAAGUGCUUCAACCAGGCGAUUGGUCACAACAAAUUCAACCUCAUGCCGAAGCAAAUUGCUGCAUUCUUGAAUCUGCCGAAUCCCGACGAAUACAAAGCCAACAGCUUUCGCAGGACUUCAGCAAUGUUGCUUGCGCACUCUGGAGCUGAUGUUAAAACUAUUCAACGUCACGGGGGGUGGACCCCCAAGAUCGCAAAGGACGUUAUUGCGGAGACGAAGCGAAAGCAGAUUGAAUUAUCAACGAAAAUAACAGACUCUGUCUUUCUUAAACCGUCGACUAGCUCCAGUUCCACCACGAAUUUCGAGGGGGAAGGGUCGUCGGAGGGGUCAAGCGCAGCAGCAGAAACGAAACGAGGGGAGGAUCCAUUGUUCAUUGACUGCAGCUCUGAUACAGAGGAGGAAGAGUCGUCAACCGCCCCAGGACCUGAUAAUUCACAAGACACAGUAUUCGAGAAGACAAUUGCACCUCCUGUCGUCAAUCCAACCCCUCCAAGUGCAUCAUCAUCAAAAGCAACAAAUAAGGCUGCAGUUCACUCGCAAUUCCCACCGACAGUUCAGCAGAAAAGACCUGGUCUGAGGACAAUCCCCCAGAAGCUUCCAGAACGACCUCAAAAGGUCGUCCCACAAGAAUCCUCAGAGGUCUGCCUGCGUUGGGGCCACUACCACAUGAACAUGCAGACCAGCUUCCCCUCCCUACUCAACUCCGAGGAGUUUGUCGACGUGACCCUUGCAUGCGAGGGAAAGUCCAUCAAGUGCCACAAAGUCAUCCUCUCUUCCUGCAGUGAUUAUCUAGCCACCUUACUCCGUGAAAAUCCAUGCCAGCAUCCUAUAAUUCUGAUGAAGGACCUGAAGUUUUGGGAAAUUGAGGCCCUCGUCAGAUUCAUGUACAAGGGGGAAGUCAAUAUUUCUCACGACAAGUUGGCAGAGCUCCUCAACGCUGCUGAUGCACUGCAGAUCAAGGGAUUGGUUAAUUCUGACCCUGCAGAGAUGCAGAACCCUUCGGUGUCAACCCCACAGCCGUCAGUCCCUAGAUGCUCUCCCGCAACUGCUCAAAAAUCAUCAGAACCGUCAAAACUGCCGACUAAUCAAAAACGCGGUACAAAACGUGUGAUGGAGUCGAACGAAUUGAAACGAAUGAAGUGUAAGUCACCGCGGCAGGGGCCAGAGACACCUCCCCCACGUGCACUGCCUCCAGAGAUAAAGCUGGAGUCCCUGGACAUCUCCUUGCCCGACGUAGACAUUCUGCUGCCUAACAACGACGACAGUUCAACCUCGAAUUACGAAAAUCUCAUGGCUGGGAACGAGGAUGAUCCAGGGGGGGAGGAAUCCCUGGACAGUGACAUGCAAUUCGAUUUUCAUGGGUCUGAGAACAUGGCUGAUGUCCACAUGGAUCUGGAGCUGACGGAAUUCCUCGGAGAGGAACACGAUGAAGAGGUUGACGACGAUAAUGGCGAAGGGAUAUCUGAGGAUGACCCUGGAGAUGAUGAGGACGACGAGGUUUGGAUCGUCGAAGAUGAAACGUAAAAGAGAGUCGCUUCACCUUUCGCCAAUGACGAAAGAAAUUUAUUAAUCGUUGGAUAUCAAAAUUUAAUGAAAAACAUUAGUCACGUAUUUUGUUAUUUCGAUAAAUCAUUCAAUCGAAAUGGAGAACCAGUGAUUUUUCAAAAUAAAAUAAUGCGUAUAAUAAAAUAGAGGAUGCGAUUCAUCAAGAGUUUUCAAACAGCUAAAAAUAAUCAUUAGAAGUUACUAUAAUUAUCUCCCAUUCAAUUUUCUAUGGACCAUGUGUAAUUUUUUAUUUACUCUGAGAUAAUAAAAAUGCUUAUAAAACGUCA